AGGAAACAUAUCAGCUUUCCCUUUUACACCUGCCUCGGGUAAUGUCCUCGCAAUACUUGAAAGAUACGCCAUCCCUCCGAAAUACAUUUGGUGCUCUGUUUAUUGGCGCUACUAUUGCCUCUAUGUUAUUUGGAAUAACGAAUCUCCAAACACUCAUCUACUACAAGAGAUACCCUAAUGACUGGUCGCUCUACCGAUACUCUGUCGCAAUACUUUGGUUACUCGAUGCUCUCCACGUCAUUUUCAGCACCCAUGCCCUGUAUUACUAUCUCAUCGAUAUGUAUGGUAACUUGCCCGGUGCCCUAGGGAAUAACUUUUGGAGCAUGAAGCUGCAAUUGGCCCUAAAUGUGGCGAUCGUCUUGUAUGUUCAAGGGUUAUACGCUAUCCGACUGUGGAAACUCGGACGGCACUUUAAUAAAAUACUCCCGUGGUUCGUGUUUCUCGCAGUAGCAGCCUCCCUUGGUGCAGGAAUAUAUAUAAUCUAUGAUAUUUAUAUUACGCCGAACAUCACGUCUGUUUACGUUGCCAAAAGGUCGAUUUACACCUUCUUCUCUCUGAUAGUUACAACGGAUUUCAUCAUAGCUCUCAUGAUGUGCUAUUAUCUGCGCAAGGACAGAGGAGAUACAAAGUUCUCUCCAACCGCGGCCAUAAUUGUCACUCUAAUGCGAAUCAUUCUUGUCUCAGGGUUAGCUACAAGUGCAUGCUCGCUGCUCGCUCUUAUCGCAUAUAUUGUAUGGCCCGAGUCUCUUAUUUUCCUAGGCAUCGAUUAUGCCCUGCCGAAACUCUACGUCAACUCUCUGCUUACUAUGCUCAAUUAUCGACGUAAACGCCCGUCAGCCGAAUCCGUGGCAGACCGCUCAAAACACUCAAAUCCUACCGUCGUUAGGAUCACACCACACACUUCAGAAGGCGAUACCGAAGACAUGGAUAUUGGCAUCCCACUCUCUGAGAUUCGGGUUAGCCGCUCAUUCGAUCAUAUGUCGGCCCAUUCAGACCCAAAGGGACCUCUCGAUUAUGAAGUCCAAGAGUGAUUUCGUUUGACUCCCGUGAUUGGUACUAUAUAGAUAUUAAUGUAACAAUAAAUACACCUAGACUUUGCCCUACCAGCUGUGUAAUGGUC